AUGGCGAAAAGGGGUGCGCAGGACUUGAACCGACCGGUAAAACGCCGGUGGUCCCCUGGCUACAAUUUCCGUGUCCGGAAAGGCUUUAUUAUCGUCUUUGAUCUUUGUGGAGUCAUGAACUUGGCGCAGGAGCAGGGUCGGGCUACUGUAUUGAGCAGUCUUUGGUCUGUUCGUCUGGACCAUGUAGAGUUUCCGGGUCCAUGCAGCUCUCAACGGCUUCGGAGCGUAAAGGCUUUGAUAUCAGGCACUGGCCAAGACCCUGAUGUAAUGAUGAGUAGGCCAAGAACCAAAUGA